AUGUUCAAACAUACAAUCGGAGAUGAUGCGUUGAAAGUCAUCAAAACAUUCAACUACGCCGAGGGGGAGAACUCGAAUGAUUGGUGCGUGGUAAUGGGAAAAAUGGAGAAGCAUUGCAUCGGCGAAGUCAACGAAAUUUACGAACGAUACUGUUUUAAUAUGCGAGACAAGCUUCCAACGGAGUCGGUUGAUAGUUUUGUGGCCGAGUUGAGGAAUCUGGCCAAAACAUUUUGCGAUUGUUUGCGGGAUAGUUUAAUCCGUGAUCGUAUUGUGCUUGGAAUUAAAAACGAGCAGACGACCAAGAAGUUGCUGAGAAUGAGAAAUCUGAAUCGUUGCAUCGACGUAUGUCGCAGCGAGGAAGUUGCUGAGUUGCAAAUGAAGUUGUUAUCUGGGCCGGUGGAUAACAUUAAUCAAGUAAAGUCAAGUUCUAAAAGCCUCGAGCUCCAACGCCGGUGGACGGGCGGUCGGCAAAGAAAAUUUCAUGCAAAUUUUGUGGCUAUGACCGUCAACCUGAUAGGAAGAUGUGCCCUGCAUGGGGAAAGAAGUGUAAGCGAUGCAAGUAAAAGAAUCAUUUUGCCAAGAAGUGUAAGAAAGUUCCUGUUCAUAAUAUUGAGAGCGAAGAGGAGUUAGAGGAGAUCAGCGUUGUAAGAGUACAGGCUUUGAGAGGGAGAGCUGUGUAUGCGAGAAUGCUGGUUAGGCAGCAACCAGUGCAAUUUCAAGUUGAUUGUGGUGCAAGUGCAAAAAAAUAUUUUACCUCUGAGGUAUGCUGAGGGCGAGGAACUCGACUCGUGUUCGCAAACGCUUGUCAGGUGGAAUGAAACUAAAGUGACGCCUGUCCGUUCCUGUGCGUUGCCUGAGGUGAAUCCGAAAACUAAUGAGAAGUACAAGGUCCGGUUUCUAGUCGUGAAAGAGGAUUUGACCCCUCUGCUUGGCUUAAAUGCAACGCAAAAAAAUGAAGCUGUUAACUGUACACAAGGAAAACUUCAUUAACCCUAUUCAGACUGGGCUUUUUUGGUCAAUCUGUGACUGGGGCUCCUCCUCGGACCCCCCUCUGUAUCUCUGGAACCAAUAAUGCUAGGGUCAUGAAAUUUACACACAAUGAUCAUCUCCGUACAAAGAAGCCCCACACCCAGUUUUGACUUGCCACGCCCAAUGAUGACGUCACAGUGACGUCAUAUUUCUAUUUUUCAAUGUUUCUUAUUAUUUUUCCACUUAGAUACGUAAAAUAUCAAUAAUAUUGGUAAAGUCAUCUCUUUGUUAUCCUUUCUUAUGAACUAGUAACAAGGAAACACUUGUACAGCGAGAACAAGCAAUAGGAAGCAAUAAAAUUUAAAUUUUGAAAUGGUUGGCCGCCAUCUUGGAUCCGCCAUCUUGGAUUUCCGUUUUUUUGUUAAAAUUAUAAUUUAAAGCAACUUUCAAAGGGGAGAAAUAUCAGAAUGUAUAAAAGAAGUAUCAAACUAAUGUUUAUUACCCAAACAAAUGACUUUAAAAGUGUUAUUUGGAAAAUAGAGCAGCAUAUUUGUCAAAGCAAAAAAGUGACAAAUUUUACCCCAACCCUCCCCCCCAAAUAUUCGAUGUUGAAACAUUUUGAUGUAAUUCAAAAACUAGUCCCAAGCAAAGACCAUUUUAACAACAAAAAGCACUAUAAGUGUAAAAACGCGAUCUGGUAAUUAUACCAAAAUGUUCCUAGAUAAAUUUUGGGAAAAGUCAGAAAAUUUGAACGUCAUAGCUCUUUCAAUUCGGUGUAGGAGUUAUCACGAUUUUGCCGGAGGGGGGAUUCGAAAAGCCCCCCCAGUCUGAAUAGGGUUAAUGUCGUGGAGAAUGCAAAUGAUGAUCUCACAGGUAAUUACGCGAUGUCUUUAACAAAGGUCUCGGAAAAGUUCGCCUGCAAGUUGACCCAGAUUGGAAACCUGUUGUCCUUCCAGCAAGAAAAGUCCCUGUGUCUGUUCGGGAGAAGUUCAAAGAAGAGCUCCAAAGGUUGGAACGUCUUAAAGUAA